AUGGCAGAUAACUCGCCUGAGAAGCCCGAUGCCGCCGCGCCUGUUGCCAGCACCGAGCCAGUGCCAGCUUCCGAACCAAAGGUUGCUGGCGAGGGAGAAUUGGCUGCCAAGACUGCGGAUAAGUCUGAGGGGGAUGCCACAAUGGAGGAGGCAAAGGAUGCUCAAGAACCCAAGGCGCCUGAGAGCGCGGAAAACACUGCCGAUGCCCCAUCUGCAAAGCCAGCUGAGGAUGAGAAGAAGACAGAUGCGGAUGGCGACGCCGAGAUGAAGGACGCCGCCGACACCGCUGCUGAGGCUGAAGCUGAUACGACUGCCGCCGCCGAGACCCCAGCUGCGAAGGGUAAGAGCCGUCGGAAGUCGACCGCCGGAGAGUCAAAGGGCAAGACGCUGAGCAAGAAGGGCUCCAAGGCGCGCCUAACCCACAUUGAUGCCCAGCCUGGCGACCACUUCCUUGUGAAACUCAAGGGCUUCCCAGCGUGGCCCGCCAUUAUUUGCGAUGAGGAUAUGCUUCCUCAGGCCCUCAUCAAUACCCGACCAGUCUCCGCCGCGCGCCCUGAUGGAUCAUAUUCCGAAGCCUAUGCGGAUGGCGGUAAGCGCGUGCACGAUCGAAGCUUCCCCGUCAUGUACCUGUACACAAAUGAAUUUGGAUGGGUUGCGAACACUGCCCUAUCCGAAUUGACUUCGGAUAAGGCUCGAGACACGAUUGCAGACAAGAUGCGCAAGGACUUGAAGGCAGCUUUUGAGCUCGCCAUUGAGCAAAACUCGAUCGAGCACUACAAGGAAAUUCUGCAGAGCUUCCAGGACGAGCUGAUUGCUCAGGAAGAGGCCAAGAAAGAAGCUGCAGCUACCCCGAAGAAGUCCAAGAAGGGCAAGGCCAAGGCAAGCGAUGACGAGGACGUGGAUAUGGAAGACGUGGAUGAGGCGCCAAAGCCUAAGCCUAAGAAGCGAAAGGCUGCCGAUGAAGAGACCAGCGCCCCUCAGCGCUCCGAAUCCGUCAAAAAGCCCAAGAUUAAGCUUAACACGUCAUCUACAUCCAAGUCGGCAAACGGAACGGCAGCGCCAAAGGCCAAGGAAGAGAAAGCCGCAAAGGCCGCAAAGCCAAAGGUCAAGAAGAGCGCAGACAAGAAGUCUGACGCGCCCAAGGAAGCCAAGAUGACCCCUGAAGAGCGCCAUGAUCGCAAAAAGAAGGAAGUUUUGUAUCUUCGCCACAAGCUUCAGAGGGGUCUUUUGACCAGAGAGCAACAGCCACGUGAAGAUGAGAUGGAAUCAAUGUCCAGCUUCAUCAAUAUUCUGGAAAAAUUCGAGGACCUCGAAGUAUCAAUCAUCAGAGGCACCAAGAUUAACAAGGUUUUCAAGGCGAUUCUAAAACUCGACUCGAUUCCUCGCGAGGAGGACUUCAAAUUCAAAAAGAGGUCUCAAGCUCUGCUAGACAAGUGGAACAAGCUGCUUGCUAGCGAACCUGCGCCUGCUAACGGUGUCAAUGGAGCUGAAUCCAAAGAGUCUGGCAAGGCUGCUGGAAACAGCGGUGUGAAGGAGAGCGGCGACAAGGAUGAAGAUGCCGAGGAUGAGCAGACCAAGGAGGAUGCUGAUGAGGAAACGGUUGCCCCGGCCACAGCCAAGGAUGAAGAACCAAAAGCAAACGAAGAUGUGAGUGAAGAAAAGGAUGAGAAAACUGAGACUGAGGCGGCUCCCGUGUCUGCAGCCGUUGAAGCCGCUGCUUAA